AUGAAGGCGGAGGACGAGACCAAUAACAAGUUGGAUAUGAGCUUAGAUGAGAUUAUCAAAUUGGAUAAAAAAGAAGCUCGUAAAAAUAGACGAGUUCAACAAACGCUAGCUAUUCGUGGUAGACGCCAGAAUGCUUCUCAGUAUCGACAAAAACCUCGAAUAUCUGCUGCUGCAACCCGAUUACGUGGUUUAAGGCAGAAGCGACUUUCUCGAAUCAAUCGUCCUAUUCAGGGGUCUUCUUCUCAACAUCAAGUUUUAACGAAAAACAAACGUGUGUUCACCGUAAAAAAUAUCCGCUCAAGUAGAUCGACGGCACAGGCAGUCCUCCGCCGAGCUCAGAGAACCGCCGCUGCCGCUGCUAGGACAGCUGCUGAUGCCACUGCACUUCUUCAGCGCAAUCGUAUUCAACGUCAGCAGUUGUUUAAUGAACGAAGAAACAUUCAACCAACCUCUCGCAUUGCAUAUGAAAGACGUCCCUCAAGACGAAGGAGCGCUCCUGCUUCAACAGUCGGUUCCCGAGGAGCUUACACUACACCUCAAGUCACUGGUCGUUCGUGGCAAUCAGAGCAGCAAUCACUUAAUUUUCAAAGACGUCCACGUCGUAGAUCCCUUCAGGUAUUGGGAUCACCUCAAGGUAGAAGGACAUCAUUCCGUGGAGCCUUAUCCCGAAAUAAUUCCUUACACAGCAACACCUUUGUUCGUAACCAAAGGUGGAGUCAACGAACGAAUUUCCGAAGUAAUAGCCGAGGUCAACAGCGUAAUGGUUAUACGCUUACACCAACUGGUCGUCCAACCUCACGGGCUCGUAAUGCAGAAUAUCUUGCUCAAGCUCGUGCCCUUAUCCAAGCACAGAAUGAAAACGCUCAGCGGUAUGAUCUUGACAGUCCAAAUACAACAGUGUGGAACCCUAGAACCUAUAGCGCACCACACAGAAACCUGAAUUAUUAUGCCAAAUAUUGGGACAACUAA